UGUCAGAACCGACAGCGAAGAGGCGCGCAAACAACCACUCUUCGAAAGCGGGAAAAGAAAACUAAACUCAUCGGUUGCCCCAAACACUUUUCCACCUACGGUCGGCUGUUGACCUUCAAGAAACAUAAAACAAAGAACUGCGCGCUCGCGAGUCACGUGAUCGAAAUCAAGUUCAGGGUUUCGGCUGCAGUUAGUUAUUCAUGGUCGGUUCGGAAGAAGAGCAUCCACUUUCUACAAGGAAGGAAGUGGUGAAGUUCGCGAGCGAAAGUUAGGAGUUUUUUUCCCUCCUCACGUGUUUCAGUUAGGGAAGCGGCGGAGAAACAGUAUUCCUGCCGCUGCUGUUUCCACCCCAAUGCCGGCAACACACCUGCUUUCAAUAUAUAUUUACUUUAUUUCUUGCUGAGUAGAAUUUUAAAUAAAAUCGUCUGAUCAUAAUAAUUUUAUGAUGUAUUACUAUAUAACGCAGAUUGUUGUUGGCAACUGGCCGAUGAACAGACGAUAAUAGUUUCCAUUUAAAAGUAAUUCUGUUUAAUUUGAAACUUUUUAAAUUUCAUGUAAGAAAGUUUGCAUUGAAGAUAUUUUUUUAAAUAAACCUCGUACCAAGGAAGGAUACAAUUGGUUUUUGUAUCAAAACUAAAAAUGGUUUUUGAAGGAUGAAAAUGAUUUAUCCGAAAUUCAUUGUCAGGUAUUCAACAAGCCGUAUUUAUCAGCUGUGUUAUUGUGUAUCUUCCUGAUAAAUUGGAAGAUGUGUUUAUAUUAAAGCCAAUCAAUCAGCAAACAAGGACCUUUAUUCAUUUUAUUUAUUACAUUGAAAUAACUUUUAAACGAUAUAUUCACCAUGGUGUCUGAUAUUUUAACGAAAACUGUAAAAUCAUUUCAACUCGUAUUUGUUCUCUACUUAAGUGGCGUAAUUUGUUCAUCUAUGGCACAAUCAGAAAGUCUAGCCUGCUCAAUGGAGAAGCAGAGCUUCGAACUGGUCACGGGUUACGUCUUCACUGCCCCCGAUGAUACCCUAGAACUAGUCCCGGGCACCUUGCACCUCACCGAAUGCCUCUCGUACUGCCGCCACAACACGUCCUGUCGAGCUGUCAAUUUCGAGACUGGCCUCUGUGUUCUCUUCAGCUCCAGCGCUUCGGACAGGCCCGACGCACUCACCUCAUCUGAAUUCCCCGUCUUUACCAUCUACGCCCAGAAGAUAUGUCUCAACGAGCCUCCCUGCAACCGAGAAUGGGCUUUCGAGAGUGUCUCAAACCAUGAACUCUUGGAGCGUUCCCGAAAGAGUAUCACAAAUGUUUCCUCGAAAGAAAUGUGCAUGGGUCUCUGCCUGAAAGAGAAAGACUUUGAAUGCAGGUCUGCCAACUACCACAACCAGAGACAGGAGUGCCAGCUGAGUGACGUAGACCGCCACUCCGUCCACUCCAGCAAAUUCUACGUACCAGCAGAAGAUGGUACCGUAUACCUAGAGAACAACUGUGUUGAUCCACCUGUUCGUCUUUGCGAAUUUCGUAAAAUUGGAGGCAAAAUUCUAAAGACAGUAGAUGCAGUUUUCCAAGAUGUAAAAACCUUAGAAGGGUGUCGCAAAAAAUGCCUCAGCGUCAACUACCGAUGCCAGUCAUUCGAUAUGGGCGAUCCGACUAACAGCGUGUGCCGCCUGAGUCACCUAGCUAGUCCAUCCUUGGCAAACAUCGAGGACCCUUACUUAGAAAUCCAUGGCGCUUCAACAUACGAAAUAUCUUCCUGCUAUAAUGUGACUAUACAAUGUCGUUCACGAGAGAUGGUGGCCUUCGUAAAGACAACAAAAGUUUUCAAUGGCAAAGUGUAUGUUAAAUCCAGGCCCAAUUCUUGCGUCACAGAUGUUAUCAACAGCAUGGAAUUCGAGAUUCGAAUGGCUUACCAUGAUUUGAACUGCGAUGUCAAGCAGGAAGGCAACAGUGAAUUUUCUAAUGAUAUUGUGAUCCAGCACCACGACAUGAUUGUCACGAACCAGGAUCUUGGAGUAACCGUGCACUGCCAGUAUGAUCUCUCCAAUAAAAGUGUCGCUCACGGUGUUCGACUCGAGGUGGGCAAUGAUGUACAGACUUAUGGCACUCACUCUGUUAACGUUGGAGCACCAAAUGUUACUAUGAAGGUCACGGAUCGUCAAGGUCGUGAUCUGGUCACAGCCCAAGUUGGUGACCCACUGCUGCUGAAAUUCGAAAUCACGGACAUCAACAGUCCCUACGAUAUUUUUGUCCGAGAACUUGUUGCAAUGGAUGGCAUAGAUAACAGUGAAAUUUUACUCAUCGAUGCUCUCGGCUGUCCAACUGACACUCUCAUCAUGGGAGCACUUUCAAAGGCCCGAACAGAAACAAAAGUUCUUCAGGCAACUUUCGAUGCUUUCAAAUUUCCUACAUCUGAAAUAGUACAGUUUAAAGCACUAGUCACACCUUGCUUGCCAUCCUGUGAGCCAGCCGACUGCAGCGUACGAUCUUUCGAUGGUGUCAGCCAACGUCUGACGUCCUUCGGUAAAAAAAGACGGAAACGUUCCUCAGUCGAAGAAGAUGAACUGGUCGUCGUGCAAACCAUCCACAUUACAGAUAAGUUCGGAUUCGACAGAGAGAGUCGCCGAAUGGACAACUACUUGGACGAACACGAUAAAUUCUCCAGAGAUGAAACUGUUUCUUCCAACCCUACCUGCUUGAAUAUGGCUGGAUUGGUCAUUUCAUGCUCGUUGUUCCUGGUCGCCCAGUUGGUGGUCCUCCUAGCCUGGGCUUUCGUCUGGCAUCGAAGGAUGAAAGGCAAACCAACCAUCAGGAAAGAAACUAGUCGGAGCAUUGAUAUGAUAUACAAUAACAGAAGAGACAGUGCAGCAAGUAAUUCUUAUGGAAUUGACAAUCCUUACAGAUCAGAUAUUGCUCCAUACGAUACAAUUUACAACACAGCACCACAACCUCAGAGUUUACAAAGGCGGUAUUGAAACACAUUUGUACAGUUCCUCGCCACCAACUUGAAAUCCAUGUAAACAUUCAAGAAAGAUAGUGACUCUAGUGUAACUCGUGUAUAAAGACUCAUCACAAAACUGGUUUUUGGAAUUGCUGCGGAUGCACUACAAUUCAUGCGGAUGAGGGCAUUUGCAUCUGGAAGCAUCUUAAUUUAUUUGAACUGGGGACUUGAAAUUAUCUUUAGGCAGAGCCCAAAGAGAGUUUUAUUUAAAAAUGGCUGCUGUUCCAGAAGGAGCCAACUCCCUAUUAUCCAUGUUGCCAACUGCUGUCCUCUAUUUUAUUAUGUAAUGUUUUUAAGGUUCUUUUAGUGGAAAAAUAUCCCUUUAUGUUUGUUGAUCUUUCAUUAUUUAUGUUCAUCUUAAAAUGUCAUUUUUUUUUACUAUG